GACGUGUGCAGACAUCGUUUUAAUUCUGCUCUACGUUUGGUGUUUGCUCUCUCGGUGUUCUUGCUGAGCGGGCAGGCGUGCUGCGGAAGCAGGAGAAGUUGCCUGGAUCCCAACAGCGCCUGUAUCUGUUGGAUCUUGCUCCUGAAGACCAGUCUGAACGAGAAGCAGGGAAGCAGAACCGAUUUCCAGAAUCAAGUAGACCUGUAAGAAGCUGGAAAGAAGGAAGGGACUACUGGGAUCUCCGGUAGUGUUUGUGAGGGUGACCCUGUGACCCUGACUCAGGACAUCUGGAAGGGUCUCACUGUAUCUGCUGUUGUAGCUUCUCCUACCUACAAAAUCGGAAGACUUUACCCCUGACCUGGGAAUAUUGCGGACCAGAGCAAGUCAGCACUGUAUCCAGGUUAAGGAAUUCACCCCAGCUGUACCAUGGGCCGCACCCGGGAAGCUGGAUGUGUGGCUGCGGGCAUGGUCAUUGGGGCUGGUGCCUGCUACUGUGUAUACAGACUGACUUGGGGAAAAGACGAGAAUGAAAAACUGUGGGAUGAUGAAGAGGAGGAAGAGGAGGAGGAAGAGGUGGAAGAGUCUUGUAGUGGCAAACUGGAAACGGGGGGCAAAACUGAGAAAGGAGUUAAAACUAAUGUUGGGGUGGAGGCAGGAGACAAACCUCAGGGUGACUCAAAGGCCAAGGUUGAUGAGAAUGGUCCAGGCGUAAAGAAGGAAGCACACCCAGAAUCCCAGGGGGGAGGGGGCCUAGAAGCUAAGGCUAAGGCCCUUUUCAAGAUCCUGAAGGAACAAGCAAGUGCGAAGGCAGGCAGAGGGAUUAGGAUUGGUAAUAUCUCUGGGAGAAGGACGCUGACAUCGAGUUUGCCCUGCCCAGGAGGCAGGGGUGGAGGUUGCCACCCGGGCAGGGGUGGCUCUAGGGCUAAAAACAGGGCAAGUGGAAAACCAAAGAAAAAGAAUCGAACUAAGAGCACCAAGACUCCAGCCACAGUGUGGCCUGCACGCAGGACCAAGUUUAGCUUUCCCUAUAAAAUUGAUGAUAUUCUGAGUGCUCCUGACCUUCAAAAGGUCCUUAACAUCUUGGAGAGAACAAAUGACCCCUUUACUCAGGAGGUGGCGUUGGUCACACUGGGUAACAAUGCAGCGUAUUCAUUUAAUCAAAAUGCCAUACGUGAAUUGGGUGGGGUCCCAAUUAUCGCAAAACUGAUAAAAACAAGAGACCCCAUUAUUAGGGAAAAGACUUACAAUGCCCUUAAUAACUUGAGUGUUAAUUCCGAAAAUCAGGGCAAGAUUAAGACUUACAUCAGUCAAGUGUGUGACGACACCAUGAUCUGUCGCCUGGACUCAGCCGUGCAGAUGGCUGGACUAAGACUGCUAACCAACAUGACUGUGACCAAUCAUUACCAACAUUUGCUGUCCUAUUCUUUUCCAGACUUUUUUGCCUUGCUAUUCCUGGGAAAUCACUUCACCAAGAUACAGACUAUGAAACUAAUUAUAAACUUUACUGAAAAUCCAGCCAUGACAAGAGAGCUGGUCAGUUGUAAAGUACCAUCAGAAUUGAUUUCCCUCUUUAACAAGGAAUGGGAUAGAGAGAUUCUUCUUAACAUCCUUACCCUUUUUGAGAAUAUAAAUGACAACAUAAAAAGUGAAGGGCUUGCAUCCUCCCGGAAAGAAUUCAGCAGGAGCUCGCUAUUUUUUUUAUUCAAGGAGUCUGGAGUUUGUGUUAAAAAAAUCAGAGCAUUAGCCAGUCAUAAGGAUCUGGUGGUCAAAGUGAAAGUUCUCAAAGUGCUAACCAAACUGUAAUUUGUCAUGUGCCCCAAGCCCUGCUGACAUAACGUUUCUUCAGUCUGCACGUGGGGACAAUGUGCUUUGUAACUUCUCCGAUUUUCAUUGUGCUUGCGUGGCAAAGAGAUUCUCUGAGCUGCUAUUUAGGGAUGAUGAGCAUCACAGAUUAUCAAUAGCCCUUGAUGCUGGCUUUAGACUGAGCCAUCUUAAAUAUGCCAAAUACAUAUUAGAGCUUACACAAAGAAAGCAUUUAUGAAUUCAACUUUCUUACCUAGGUGGAGAUAUUUUUAUUGGUUGCCCAAACUGACAGUGAAGUAGCUAUAUGCCAUAAAUGAGCUAUACUUUUGUAUUGGUUUAAAUUUGUUCAUCUAAGAGUUGUGCUUUAUCAAUAAAGUUAUGUUUAAGU